AAUCUAUACCGGCGCCGUCAUCGGGGGCAGUAGUUCAUUUGGUUCGCGUUCCGGUUUAUUUAACCCCGGAGUCUACAGCAAGACGUUCUCAAAGUGUCGACCCGAUUUAACGGUUAUCGAAAUCGCUAAAGCGACCGACGUUUCGAAAAUACCGUUUCGUACCAAUCUGCCAUGACCAGUCCAGUGAAGAACUUCUACAAGAACCAGAACGUGUUGCUGACGGGCGGCACUGGUUUCUUUGGCAAAAUGAUCAUGGAGAAACUGCUCAGGACGACGGAAAUAAACUGCGUCUAUUUGAUAGUGCGGCAGAAAAAGGACGUCGGGUUCGAGAAGAGGGCCACGAACUUGAUCAAGGAGGAGAUAUUUUCGAACAUCGACGAUAGCAAAGGGGGAAAAUGGCACGCCAUCGAAGGCGACUUGAGGGAGGAAGGGCUCGGGUUGACUGACGACACGAAACAGUUUUUGAGGGAAAACAUCAACAUAGUGUUUCACUGCGGGGCUUCGCUCAACAUGAACGCCAGCCUGGCCGACGCCGUGAUGACAAACGUCAACGGCACGGCGGAACUCCUGGAGGUGAUGAAGGGGGCGACCUCCCUGAAGGCCUUCGUCCAGGUAUCGACCGCGUACUCCAACUGCCUACACAAAACCAUCGAGGAGAAAUUAUACGAGCCGCCCAUCGAUCCCGAGCUGUUAAUUAAAAUAGCGAAGGAGAUGAAACCGGAACUUUUGAACAGCAUCUCCAAGGGGUUUGUGGGCCAGUACCCGAACUCCUACGUCUUCACCAAAUCGGUUGCUGAGAAUCUGUUGCAGAAAAAGGGCGGCCAAUUACCGAUAGGGCUGUUUAGGCCUACAAUAGUUACCUCGGCCGUGUCCGAGCCUUUUCCGGGUUGGACUGAUAACGUCUACGGUCCCCUGGGCAUACUUCUAUCCGAGCACUGUGGAAUUCUACGGGUCGCGAGGGGCAACGGCAGUAUAAAAGCCGAUACAGUCCCCGGAGAUAUGGUUAUCAAUGCCCUAUUGUGUUUUGCCUGGGACGUUUAUAACACGUGGGUCCACGACUUCCUGAACUACGAACCCAAAGUUUUAAAUUUCUCGGGAUACGACAGUCCGCUCUACAUAUCGAUAAAAGAAUACACGGACAGAGCCGCGGCGAGCGGAUUUCCGCCGUUUAAGAAAGCAAUAUGGAGUCCGGUGCUUUACAUCGUCGAGAACAAGCACCUGUUUAACUCGCUGUCGUUCGUUCUACAGACCGUGCCUGCUUUUGUUUUCGACACGCUGCUGAUGCUCACGUGUCAAAAACCGAGGAUGCGAAAGAUUUACUCGAAGAUAGCCAAACUUUCUGACGUAUUGAGUUACUUCGUGUUAAACGAGUGGACAAUUAAGAACAACAACGUGAAAGCGCUAUGGGAAAAACUGAGUCCCGCGGAUAGAGUUACGUUCCACUUUGACCUGAGCUCCAUUAACGUCGACGAAUAUCUGAAGAACAUCUUGAUGGGAUUAAAGAAAUAUAUACUCAAGGAGGAUAUGUCGAAAAUUGAGUAUCACAAAGAGCGAUAUCGGAGGUUGUUGUUUUUCCACAAGAUCGUCAAGUACCUGUUCGUCGUGUUGCUCUCUUUCCCUAUUUUGAAAGCGCUGCUGCUCUAUUUCGCCAGACCUCUGCUCACGUCACACCUGGGAAAAAUCUUCUCGGAAUUUUGGUACUCGAUUAGGUCAUAACAUUAUUUUUGUUGUAGUAAAUUAAUAAAUGUUACGAACGUU